CCGCCAUUUUUUUAGCAACGCCUGCUAAUUGAUUUUAAACCGAGACGUCGGACAAUUGCUUAAACUGUUUUACGUGGAAGGGUAUGGUAUAUUUUCUGGGGGACUGGGGCAUGGGAGAUUCUGACUGUGCGUCAUAUCAUCAACAUGUUCCAAAUACAAUACAACAACAUCAUCAUCAACACCAACACCACCAUCAACAGCAAUAUCAGCAUAAUGAGCAUGAAUUGCAACAACAACAACUCCAUCAUCAUAACCAACAACAACAACAACAUGUUGGCCAAGUUGCCCCAACUUUAAAUCAAUUGUCGCCAUUGCAGUUUGGUAGUACAACAAGCUGCAGCAACACCACCACCACUACAACACAACAACCCCAACAACAUGUUGCCACAAGCUCUUUGGUCACUGCCAAUUUGCAGCAAUUGUCUGUAAGCAGCAACAAUCCGACAACCCAACAACAAUCUCAUUCAUUGGCCAGUGCUGCCGCAGCCCUACAUCAGUAUUUAGGACAUCAUCAACGUCAACGUUCUGAAUCCUGUGUCGGUUUAACCACAACCUCCACCACCAACAACAGCAGCAGCGGCAACAAUCAUUGCAGUGCUGUUGAUUUUAUACGGGCCAAACAUGCAAUCUCUGAGACGUUGUCCUCCAACGCGAUUGGCAAUAAAAACAAUUGCACAACAACAACAACACCGGGCAAUUUUAAUCUCAAUGGAGCAACUUUAGCCUCGGCAGCUGCCCAACAGUCGUUUAAACAACCCCAACAACAACAGCAUCAUCAUCAGUUCCAGACCCAAUUAAGCAAGGAUCAUUUGGAAAGUGAAGAUGAAGUUGCACUGCAGCCGCUAUCAAAUCAGGUCGGAGGACACACCCGCCUAUUGUUGCUUAAUCAAUCGACUGUCAUCAAGCCAUUGAAUUUGCGUGAAUUGGAUUUUUAUCAAAACAUUCCGCAGGAUAUACAGAAGUUUGUUCCCAAAUAUAAAGGCGUUAUGCAGGCCACCACCAUGGGCGGUUGUAAAUUGGAGAAACGUUAUUCACCGAGUUUUCGUGAUGAACCCCAGCGUAAAAUGAGCGCCUCGAAACGUAAACGGGAUGAAAUUUUAAGAAUGAAAGUCCACAAGAAUGGUAAUGCCGCUGAUGUCAUUAAGAGUAUAUCACAAUUGGACAAUUCCAACAAGCAAUAUUUCCUAAUGUUGGAAAAUAUAACAUCUCAAUUCCGUAAUCCCUGUAUCUUGGAUCUGAAAAUGGGUACCCGUCAACAUGGCGAUGAUGCAUCCGCAGAAAAACGUUCCAAACAAAUGGCCAAAUGUGCGGCCAGUACAUCCGCAUCAUUGGGUGUACGUUUGUGUGGCAUGCAAACGUAUCAGGUCCAUUUGGAUCAAUAUGCCAAACGGGACAAAUAUUGGGGUCGUGAAUUAAAUGAGAAUGGUUUUAAACAGGCCCUACAUGAUUUCUUCUAUAAUGGUUAUCGUUUGCGUACUCGAGUUAUACGCAAGAUUGUACAACGUCUGUUGCAAUUGCGUCGGGUCAUUGAGAAGCAGUCCAGUUAUAGAUUUUAUUCCUGCUCCCUUUUAAUUGUCUACGAGGGCUAUGAGGACAAUCCCAUGCUACAGCCAAUGGAUUUUGAUGAUUGGGCCACACCCUCAACACCCAAAAAACCUACAAAGAAAUCCAAUACCUUUGAUUAUCAUCGAGACAAUAGCAUUGACGACGAUGAUGAUAAUGAUGUGGAUGAUGACGAUGAUAUUGAAGAUGAAGUGGUGGACCACGACGAAGAAGAGGAGGGUCAUGAGGGUGGCGAUGAAUUGGAAUUGCAUGAUACCGAUGAAGAUUUACAUUUGGUGGCGGCAGAUAGUGGCAAUGCCUCGGCCACCAAUAGUAGCACGGGCGGUGAGCAGUGUUGUUAUGAUGCCGAUGCCUCAAAUGAUUCAACAACCAAUGAUAUGAAUCUCAGAACCCGCAUAAAACAUUUACACAACAGCAACAACAACGGCAAUACAAGGGCCUCGCCAACAACACCGGUGGCGGCAGGUGGAUGUAAAGCUGGAACAGCGGCACACAAUUUGUCAUCGUCCUCGGAUGAAAAUGAUGAUGACAGCCACCCUAUGCCACCACCACCACCAUUAGCCGGUUCUAAUGUGGGCCUUUGCAAAUCUUCGGAAUUGAUAAGGCCAUCGGCAUCAUCAACCCCCAAUACACCUGCACCAUUCAUUCCCAUUUCCGAAGAAACAGUAUUCUUAGAUCCCGAACCCCCAAUGCCCAGCAUAGCCACCUCAUCGCCGCAUUCCGGUGACUCGUGGAUGAAUUACAGCAGCAAUAGCAGUGAUGAUUUCUCCUGUUUGUCGGAACAAAUCAAAGCGGUGACCAGUGGCCGUCAAACGGGCAACAAUAGUUCGGAUGAGGCGUCAUCGGAUUAUGAUAGCAGCAUUAUCAGCCAAACUGAGGUAAUGUUAAAACGUUACAAAUCGCAACAAGAUGCAUUUGAGGCAGCGGCAGUUGCAGCUGCUGCUGCUGCGACAUCAGUUAUUAAUACACCGCCUCAAACGCCCAAACCGCUGUUGCGUAAAAAACAUAAAAAUUCACCAUUGGCGACCACGGCGGUCAAUGCAUCGCCGGCCUCGUCGACCACUUCAUCAUUGAAAUCGGUUAAGGGAGCAGUGAAACGUUUGCGUUGUAAAGAUGAUGACGAUGAUGAUGCGGAAUAUAAUAAUAGUGAUGAUGCUAAUACCAAUAUGCCCAAGGAGCCCAAGGAGUCUUCAAACCUUAACAAAUCAUCACAAGCCAAGAAGUCAACCACAAAUAAUUCGAAAAUUAUAUCCUCCUCAGCAGCAUCAUCAUCAAAAUCGACACCGGUUUCCAUGAUGAAUUCACCAGCCAAGACAGCGUCAGCGCAAUUACCACCUGCCGCCUCCGCAGCAACAGUGGACCAUGCACAAAUCAAAGAAAGCAGUUUACACACGGCAGUUGAACAAGCAAUGGAUACAACAACAACAACAUGUGGUGUUGGUGGUGGUAAUACACCCAUGGCAUCUGGCUCCGAUUCCAUGACAUCACCGGCCACAACACCCACAGCAACAUUAUCCCUACCCACACCCCCACCAUCAUCACAGCAACAAAAACACCAGCAGCAGCAGUCACAAAGAGUAGGAGGAGGUGUAGUGGGCGAUGUUCCCAUUAAACAGUUAUCCAAAAAAUCAACACAUCGAAAAUUCCUGCAACAUAUGUCCAAGUCAUUGGACAUUGAUACUCCGCCAGCCGCCUGCGACGAUAUGCACUGUGUGGUCGAUGUACGCUUGAUUGAUUUUGCUCAUACAGCAUUUGUGCCACGCAAUGGUUCGGCCUUGUUCCCCACACCGCCAACGACCAUCCACCAUGGACCAGAUAGUGGCUUCCUGACCGGGCUAGACAGUUUAAAUCGUUUACUAACCGAAAUUCUUAAUGAAGAGGUUAUGUGUUAA